UCGUUAUAUUUUUGACACAUGACGGCAAGCCCCCGGACGAGCCCCGGACGACCCGCUCCGCAGGAGAGGCGCCACCUGGACCUGCACGAUGCUGCAGGACCCGCCUGCACCGCGGUGCACCGAGUCGCGGACCGAGCGAUGCUGGUUGUUGCACCUGCAACCUGCAGUCGUGAGAGCUGCCGACACGGCACGCGCGCGGGCGGGCGGCCCGGGGGGGGGGGGGCACGCUUGCCACACACGGACCACAGAGUCCGCAGUCGUCCACACACGGUGCAGCGGUGCACAGAGACGAGAGAGCGUCAGCGCGCGCGGCCCCGAAUACAGUAAACCUGGUUUACUGCGCCGCCCCUGGAGGCUCCCACGCCUCGACCUUCUUGGGCAAUAGCUGGUUAGACAGGUCUACUCCGUGGCCAAGGCAGCCGCGUCCGCCCUCGCCCCAAGUAAAGACGGCGCCAUCGGCGGUGAAGGCGAGGCUGUGGUACGCUCCAGCCGACACAGCGACGACGCGCUGGACAGCAAAGGCCUCGACCUUCUUGGGCAACAACUGGUCCUGCUCAUCGCCGUGGCGUGAUGGCCAGCCAAGGCCUCGACCUUCUGCGGCAGCAGCUGCUCCUGCUCGUCGCCGUGGCCCAACUUGCCAAAGGCUCCAGAGCCCCAGCUCCAGACAGCGCCGUCGGCGGUGAUGGCGAAGCUGUCGUGCGCUCCAGCGGACACAGCGACGACGCGCCGCCCCGCGAAGGCCUCGACCUUCUUGGGCAGCAGCUGGUUCUGCUCGUCGCCGUGGCCCCCCCGGCCAUCGCCUCCAUGGCCCCAGGCAAA